AUGGCUAUGAAUGAAGAAUUAUCAAAAAAGAUAGUAAAAUUCGAAAAAUUCAUAAAUGAAGUAUUGAAGAGUGACUUAAAGAAAUUUGAAGAAAAAUUGGAUGUCAAGAACACUGAGCUCGCAGAAUUCAUCCAGCUGAAAAGUGUCAUCACGACGUUAAAAAGUACCGAGUGCAAUGAAAGUGGAUUCAAGACCCAGGUUGAUUUAGGAAACAAUUUUUUUAUACAAGCUACCGUUGAAGAUGCCUCUAAAAUUUUCCUCGACGUCGGCUUGGGUUAUUUCGUAGAGUUCAACUUGGAUGAAGCUGUGGUGCUAAUUAAUGUCCGGGUCAAGUUGCUGGAGAUGCAAAUUAGUAACUUGCGUAAAGAAAUCGCUAAAACUAAUGCUCAUAUUAAGUUACUGCUGAUGGGCAUGAGAAAUUUGCAAGCUAGUGCCAGUGAAUCUCUAGCUGCGCCGCUCAGUCCUCAGCCGGUUGUAAGGAAGUUGCAUUACGCUUCCCCGGAAGAGAACCAUCUCCCCGUGACAGAGGACCAACCACGCUUUUGGUCAAAGACGUGGAAAGCUAUCUGUGCACGAGCCUUGAGUCCACCAACAUGA